AGGGAUCACUUUCCAGAAAUGGGUCCGGAUUCCUCUGAGGCAGAGAAGACUUCCUUGGACUCCAAAGAGAGGCCACUGGGAGACGGAACGAUGCCAGCAAGACCUCUUUGUCCAUCUUUUCUUGGUGGCGGAGGGGAAGCUGCCCCCGUGGAACCAGAGCAGGGCCCAGUGUGCUUUGAAGAUGUAGUUGUCCAUUUCACAGACGAGGAGUCCGUGUUGCUGGAUCUUGACCAGAGAGCUCUGUAUCAGGAGGUCAUGGAGGAGAAUCGUGGGAUGUUGAACUCUCUAGGUGGUGGUGAAUUGGACAUGAAGAACGAGGGAGACCACACCAAAAUCCACACAGUGAAGGAGCCAUAUCCGUAUUCAGAGUGCAGAGAGAGCUUCAGUCAGAGCUCCCAUUCCACUUCCCACGAAAGAAAUACCAUCAGGAAGAAAUCCAUUCACUGCUUAGAAUGUGGAAAGAACUUUAAUAAGAUCUCCCAGCUCACUGUGCAUCAAAAAAUUCAUACAGGGGAGAAACCAUAUAAGUGCCUGGAAUGUGGAAAGAGCUUCAGUCAUGACUCCCAUCUCACUUCCCAUCAAAGGAUUCAUACAGGGGAAAAACCCUAUCAGUGCCAAGAGUGUGACAAGAACUUCAGAAGAAAGGACAAAUUGACUUCCCAUCAAAGAAUUCAUACAGGGGAGAAACCAUAUCAGUGCCUUGAAUGUGGAAAGAGCUUCAGUCAGGGCUCCUAUCUCACUUCCCAUCAAAGAAUUCAUACAGGAGAGAAACCCUAUAAGUGCAUGGAAUGUGGAAAGAGCUUCAGUCGCAGCUCCCAUCUCACUUGCCAUCAAAGAAUUCAUACAGGGGAGAAACCCUAUAAGCGUGUGGAAUGUGGAAAAAGCUUAAGUCACUACCCAAGUUUCGCUUCCCAUCAAAGAAUUCAUACAGGGGAGAAACCAUAUCAGUGUCUGGAAUGUGGAAAGGGCUUCAGUCGAAAAGAGAGUUUCACUUGCCAUCAAAGGAUUCAUACAGGGGAAAAACCCUAUCAGUGCUUGGAAUGUGGAAAGAGCUUCCGUCAGGUCUCCCAUCUCACUGCCCAUCAAAGAAUUCAUACAGGGGAGAAACCAUAUCAGUGCCUGGAAUGUGGAAAGAGCUUCAAUCACAGCUCCCAUCUCACUGCCCAUCAAAGAAUUCAUACAGGGGAGAAACCCUAUAAAUGUGUGGAAUGUGGAAAGAGCUUCAGUUCCUACCGAGGUUUCACUUCCCAUCGAAAAAUUCAUACAGGGGAGAAACCAUAUAAGUGCCUGGAAUGUGGAAAGAGCUUCAGUCGAAAAGAGAGUUUCACUUCCCAUCAAAGAAUUCAUACAGGGGAGAAACCAUAUCAGUGCUUGGAAUGUGGAAAGAGCUUCACCUGGAAGGAUGGUCUCACUGCUCAUGAAAGGAUUCAUACAGAAGAGAAACCCUAUCACUGCCAAGAGUGUGACAAGAACUUCAGAACAAAGGGCAGUUUGACCUCCCAUCAAAGAAUUCAUACAGGGGAGAAACCAUAUCAGUGCUUGGAAUGUGGAAAGAGCUUCAGUCGAAAAGAGAAAUUCACUUCCCAUCAAAGAAUUCAUACAGGAGAGAAACCCUAUAAGUGUGUGGAAUGUGAAAAGAGCUUCAGUCACUACCGAAGUUUGACUUCCCAUCAAAGAAUUCAUACAGGGGAAAAUCCAUAUCAAUGCUUGGAAUGUGGAAAGAGCUUCAGUCGGAAGGACAAUCUGACUUCCCAUCAAAGAAUUCAUACAGGGGAAAAUCCAUAUCAAUGCUUGGAAUGUGGAAAGAGCUUCCGUCGGAAGGACAAUCUGACUUCCCAUCAAAGAAUUCAUACAGGGGAGAAACCAUAUCAGUGCUUGGAAUGUGGAAAGAGCUUCACCUGGAAAGAAAGUCUCACUUCCCAUCAGAAAAUUCAUACAGGGGAGAAGCCAUAUCAGUGCUCAGAAUGUGGAAAAAGAUUCACUCAGAGCGCCCAUCUCACAACCCAUUACAGAAUUCAUACAGGAGAGAAACCCUAUCUGUGCUUGGAAUGUGGAAAGAGAUUCAUUGACAGACGUCAGCUCACUGUCCAUCACAGAAUUCAUACAGGGGAGAAACCCUAUCUGUGCUUGGAAUGUGGAAAGAGAUUCAUUGACAGACGCCAGCUCACCGUCCAUUACAGAAUUCAUACAGGGGAGAAACCCUAUCAGUGCUUGGAAUGCGGAAAGAGAUUCUCUCAGAGAGCUAAUCUCACAACCCAUCACAGGAUUCAUACAGGGGAGAAACGUUAUCAGUGCUUGGAAUGUGGAAAGAGCUUCUUUGACAGACGCCAGUUCACUCUCCAUCAGAGAAUUCAUACCGGGGAGAAACCCUAUCAGUGCUUGGAAUGUGGAAAGAGCUUCAUUGACAGACGCCAGCUCACUGACCAUCAGAGAAUUCAUUCAGGGGAGAAACCGUAUCAAUGCUCGGAAUGUGGAAAGAAAUUCACCCGGCACACCCAUCUCUCAACCCAUUACAGAAUUCAUACAGGGGAGAAACCUAACAGUGCUCGGAAUGUGGAAAGAGAUUCAUUCAGAAGGUCCAACUCAGGAUCCAUCGAAGAAUUCACAGUGGGGGGAAAUGAUUUCAGUGCCAGGAGUGUGGAAAGAGCUUCAGUCACAGGGCCUGUCUUGCUUCCCACCAAAGAACUCACAGUGGGGGCAAGCUAUAGUAGUGGCUGUAUACAGAUUUAAUUUCAGGAGACUUUAGAUAAUAUGUGGGUGAAGUUUGCAGCCGGGUUCUUUGCCACACCUGGUGCCUCAUAGUAAUUUCUACUAAGUACCCAGAACUGUGACUUGCAAGUUCUUGGCCAAGGUGUUUAAUACCUUCUUCACAGUGUCCUUUCUUUUGGCAGAUCGAGAUGAGUAGAUGAUAGCAAAGGUUGCAAGGUUUUUAGCUGGGGCAAUCAGAAUAAG